AUGGAGGUUACAGCUCUCUGCUUCAGGCUGUCUGGUUCAGUGAUCCUGGAGAGUUCUGUCCUUCCUGUGAUGGAGGGAGAAACUGUGACUCUGCGCUGCAGAAACAAGACGUCGUCCACCAACCUUCCAGCUGAUUUCUAUAAAGAUGGCCGCCUCAUGAAGAACAGUUCUGGAGAAGAGAUGACCAUUAAGAAUGUUUCCAAGUCUGAUGAAAGACUCUACAAGUGCAGCAUCUCUGGAGCUGGAGAAUCACCAGAGAGCUGGCUGGCUGUCAGAGCAAAAACCAUCUCUCAAUCACCUAAUGAGGACCCCCUCUCCAAGGACUCUGACUCCCCUCGUGCCCUCAUCCUGCUGUGGAUCGCUGUCACUGUUUUAAUGGUGGCGUUGGUGCUGCUGGUGGUGGGAUUCCUUCAUAUUAGGAGACGCAAAGCUUCCUCAAAGACAACAGCAGCAGCAUCACAUUCAGUCUGUGGAGAGGACGCUGAAGACGAUCCAGACGGUGUGACGUAUGCAGUCGUCGUCACAAAACCGAAACAGGACAAAGAUGCUGGAGACACUGCUGAUAAUUUGAACCUCUGCCUCGAGUCAAACCACAGCACCAAACCACAGAGUGAAAGAGAAGAAGACGAAUCCUCUUUACAACUGGUUUACUCUGCUGUGACCAUACGUAAAACUCCUCAAGCUCUCCAACGGGAAUCCAGCUCCACAGCAGCCAAAACAGAGCAGGAAGGUCUCUACUCACCUGUCCUGAAGGCCACAAACAGCAGAGACGCCUGACUGAAGAAGGGAGGAGAGCCUGCGUGCUAAUGUGUGCAAGAGAAGAAAUGCUGUUGUGUUUUACAGCUCUGUGUUGAACUUAUUUGUGUCUUUCUGAAGUCAGUUAUUCCAUUUAAGUACAGUAUGUAUUCAUGUAAUUUCACUUUCACUGAAAAUGGCAAGUAAAAAAACAUGUUAUCCAAUAUUAUCCUGUAGCUAUACGUCAAACAUUUCAUAUUUCAAAAUGUUGCAUUUCUAUAUAUAUAA